AUGCAACUGAAUGACUACCUGUACCACAAACCUAAAGACUGCCUGCCAUUCGUGGCCAGGACCAUGGUGUCGGAAAAGCCGAGCCGAGAGCAACGUAAGGCGGGGCCUCGAGCUUCGAUGCGCAUCUGGUUGGAUGGUGGAAGUGUGGGGAAAUCUUUUCGACACGAGGCGUCAAAAGACGGCAGGCUCAUCUGGACGCCCAUGGUCUGGCCCUCCAGUUCCACGCACCCACAAAUCGAGUCCCUUGUGAUCUCGCUUGUCUGCAAGAGUCGGCAUUCCAUCAGUCAUUCUACUACAUCCAUAUCUCCGCCCGGGACUCAUACCCAGCAACUCCAGGGCAUCCAGGGCAUCGACCAGCAGACGUCACAUCCGAUCAGACCGCUGGUUCUCGUGUACCCGCCGGCGUUGACUCUCGCCUGGCCAUCAACCGCAAAACGGCGAGACUCCAAGUUCUUCCGGAUCGUCAUGACAAUCGCUGGACUAUCACGACCGCCAACUGCUACAACAAGUGGUAGUACGCCAUCCUUCAAACCAAGCUCGCCAAGUUUGACACUGCGACGGAGGGGACAGAGCUUCCAUUUUUCCCCUGCUGUUGCCCCACCCGUCGACCCGUUUACAGCUCCCCUCAGGCGCCUAGGGCCUUGA